UGCAGAGCUGGGCUUCUCUCCCUCGCUAGGCCCGCUCUCAGACCUGUGCGCCCUGCUCAGCCAUGGAACCGAGCCCCGACGCCGAGGAGGCGCGCACCGUGCGCGAGGCGCUGGGCCGCUACGAGGCGGCGCUGGAAGGCGCUGUGCGCGCGCUGCACGAAGACAUGCAGGGGCUGCAGCGCGGCGUGGAGCGGCGCGUGGCCGAGGCGUUACGCCUGGCAGGCCCUCUGGCGCGCACGGUGACCGAGCUGCAGCGCGAUAACCAGCGGCUGCAGGCGCAGCUCGAGCGCCUGACGCGCCAGGUGGAGGCACUGGGCUUGGCAACCGGGCUGUCCCCCGCGGGCGGCACGCCUGGUACGCCCAGCCCUCCUCCCGCCUCCGGCGCUCCGGACCGGGCGCCCCGUCUGGGCACCGCACGCUUCUCCAGCCACGCCACCUUCUCGCUGUCCGGCCGCAGCCAGAGCGUGGAGCAUCACGAUGAAGCCCUUGAGCCGGAGGGGAGAAGGAACUCCAACUUGUGCGUCGUUGAGAACGGGCACCAGCCUGGGACAGGUCCAGAUGACGGACUCCCUGAGGUCACCCAAACCUUCUCGGCACCAGACCUCCCCAAGCCUCGCCCCGUGAGCCUCUCCUUGCGGCUGCCUCACCAGCCGGUCACAGCUGUCACACGAGUUUCAGAGAGAUUCUCUGGGGAGACCUCAGCUGCAGUUCUAUCGCCCACAUCUGCUGCCUUCCUCGGCCUGAGCCCCAGUGAGGCCACCACACCCUGGACUCCUAGUCCCAGUGAGAAGAAUGUGUCUCUCCCACGAUCGUUUUCGGGCUCUGGCUACGGAGCAGUGGUGGCAGGCAGGGGCAACGACAGCCCACCUAUGGUGACGCCACCCCAGUCUCCCCCUUCACCGCAGCCGCCAGCCAUGACUCAGGCCCAUCGCCCGGGGGAGCGCCGCCGGGAGCUGGUGAGGUCUCAGACGCUGCCUCGCACCUCUGGGGCACAGGCCCGGAAGGCGUUGUUUGAGAAGUGGGAGCAGGAUACAGCUGGCAAGGGGAAGGGCGAGACCCGGGCGAAGCUGAAGCGGUCACAGAGCUUUGGCGUGGCCAGCGCCAGCAGCAUCAAGCAGAUCCUGCUCGAGUGGUGCCGCAACAAGACGCUUGGCUACCAGCACGUGGACCUGCAAAACUUCUCAUCCAGCUGGAGUGAUGGCAUGGCCUUCUGUGCGCUGGUCCACUCCUUCUUUCCCGACGCCUUUGACUACAGUACCCUGAGCCCCACACAGAGGCAGAAGAACUUCGAACUGGCCUUUACCAUGGCGGAGAACCUGGCCAACUGCGAGCGCCUCAUCGAGGUGGAGGACAUGAUGGUGAUGGGCCGCAAGCCAGACCCCAUGUGCGUCUUCACUUACGUCCAGUCUCUGUACAACCACCUGCGUCGCUUUGAAUGAAGGCCCUCUGGCCUGGAGAGCCAAACAGCAGCCCCGGGAGGAUGCCUCGGGCCACUUGUGUCUGGAGUCAGGACGACCCCCAGAAGACUUGCAUUUUGGUGUGGAGCGCUGUUUGUUCUGUGAUGUGUGACGGCUCCGUCCCCAGGGCUGUGGCCCUGAUUACAAGUACGCUGAGCAGUGCCUGACAGCUCCCGUCACAGCCCAGGGGUGGACGGAAAGUGAAGAAUUACCAGACAGAGAGAGAGAAACAGAGAGAGAAACUGGUGCUAAGUAAUUAUCUUCCUAAAAAAAAAAAAAAGUACUUGUCUGUAGUUUCCGGAAUGUUCAAUAACAAUCUUCCCUCUGGUGAAUUUGAUACCUUGGCUUUACAGGGUUAUGUUGAUCACCAAGUGUUUUUUAUCAAAAUACCCAGAGUUUUUUACUUCCUCACACUAUUGUAGGUUCCUUUCCUCCCUCCCUCUGGGCCACUGCCAGGAAAUAGAGAGACUGCUUAAUCAGCAGCUUGACAAAGAAGACCGAAGUCUUGGGAAGAAAUAGUUUAAUCACUCCCAGGUCCUAGGCAGCAGAUGACCUUCAAGUCACCUCGGCCCCCUGGGGAGACGGGAAGGCUCUGGCCUGGGCCCUGGAGCAAGCAAGCCUCCUGUCCUUCCCAGGGGGCCCCACAAGUAUCUGACUAAGAAUAGGUUCUUGGGAAGUUGACACUUUUGGGGAUGGACAGGCCCUUUGUGCUGAGAGCUAGGUUUUAUUCACUUUUUUAGGGGAUUUGCUGCAGAUAUUUAUAAAAAAAUAACUCCAUCUGUAUCAUUGACGGUUUGUACAUAAAAAGAUGUGUCGAACUUCCCUUGGGGUCCGUUAUUUCUGUUUGGGAGAUUCAGAACCUGUGAAUAAGAGAUUUUGGACCCUUUUCAAAUGAAAAUCUACUUAAAUUUCCCCUUAACUGUUUCUGUAACCAAAUUUUCAGCCCAGAAAGUUGAAAAUCACAUUCGUGCCCUCUGAACUUGCCCACCAGUCGCCCAUGUCCAUAUUGUCCAAAGAGCAUGAACAGAAAGUCCCCUGGAUGGUGACCGAGGGGUCUGUGAAGAACAGUGGCCCAUGAAGGUGGGUUCUGGGGCGGCCCCACUAUGGAGGAAGCCCAUCAAGAAGAGCUGGUUUAUUUCCACAGCUGUUUGGGUGGUAGGAUUUUAAUAGAAGUUCUUUAGAGUCUGUCAAGUCACCACCACCCUUAGCUUAUUCUUAUUCAAGAACCAUUUUCUAAUUGGGUUGGAUUUUAGCCACGAACUUGUAGAACUUCCCUUUAAGGGGCUAUUAGGUGUCUUCAGUGCACUCUAAACAUCAGCACCUGUGUGCCUUCAUAGAGUGCAUGUGUGUAUGGGGGGCCAGGUGUCUUUGGCGGUAUCGGGGAGAACACGACAGAGCUUGCCAGGUGGAUGAACACAUCUGGCUUGGUGAGGCUGCUGCCUUGCUCAAUCCUUUGGAUUCACCCACAGUGGGACACAUUCUCUUUCUGGCUCUCUCAUCGCUUGGAGCCUCAGGAAGGUGAGUCCUAUUAUUAGCAAAGGCACAGCACCUGGUCUUUUUUUCUCACUGAGGCUUAGGGUUUCAAAUCUAAAGCCAGUUUGGGAACGCAAGGGCUCUAUAAAAAGCAUGCCUAUAUGCUCUGAAUGCUUGGCAUAUGUUAAAUGGAGCACUCCUGAACUCUCAUGUGGCCUUGCACCUUUGUACAUAAAACAGAGCAGAUCCAGCUAGCAUUAGGAACAAUUUCCCUUAAACUUGAGGAAUAGUUUCCCUCAUGCCUCAUAUUCAGAAUAAUAACAGACUAGAUGUUUUAAAAAUAGGUUCUACAAUGUUCUUGUCUGAUCUUUGGGGAGGGGGAAAAUGAA